AUGUGGAAUGCUUCAUUUGAAGUGGAGGUAAACUCCCUUCUUCCAGGCUACAGCGCUCAAUAUCUGGUGGAAAAGUUUAUUGGAGAGGGAAGUUUUGGAAAAGUGGCAAAAUGCAGGAAUUUGUCAACAAACCAAGAGGUUGCUGUUAAAAUCAGCAAACCUACACGUAGAGACGCAGGCUUAGAUGAAAUAAGUGCCUUGGCUAAAAUUACCAAGCUCGACGCUGAUAAAUACGGAUUGAUCAAGUUCAUCGAGAGGUUCGAGUACAGACACCACAUCUGCAUCGUCUAUGAGUUGUUGGACCAAAGCCUUUUGGACUUCAUGAAAGCUCGUAAACACCGCCCCCUGUUAAUCCAUGAAAUCAGAUCCAUUGCUAGGCAGCUGCUUAUUUCUCUGAAAGGCCUGAAAGAAAUCAACAUGGCCCACUGUGACAUAAAACCAGACAACAUCAUGCUGGUGAACCAUGCUUCAGAGCCUUUCAGGGUCAAACUGAUCGACUUUGGCUUGACUAAAAAACCUGAAGACAUAGAACCUGGAACUACAAUGCAGAACAUUCAAUAUAGGGCCCCUGAAGUCAUUCUGGGUCUGCCCUUAGAUGAACGUGUGGACAUGUGGACAGUUGGCUACGUUCUUGCCUGGCUGUACACGGGAUUUCACAUCCAUCCAGCAGACUCGGAGUACAUCGUCAUCAGAGCCUUGACGAUGAGACAAGGAAUGCCUGACCAGGAACUUUUAGACCAGGCCUGGUUCACUGACAUAUUUUUUACUGUGACUGAGGAUGAAUCCACACGUGUCUGGAGGCUGAACACACCAGAAGAGCAGUUCAAACUAACAGGGUAUGACGGCCAAGUCAGUUGUGGCAGCAUGUCCUUUGAUGACCUUAUUCAAUUCUACCAAGAUAAGACCAAGAUAAGAGAGGUGGAAAUGUUCAUCAAUCUUCUGCGGCAGAUGAUAGAAAUAGAUCCAAACAAACGUAUCACUCCAGAGGAAGCUUUGAAACACUCGUUCUUCACCAUGGAACAGCCCUCUGCUGACUCUGAGAAAAGCAAUUCUCAAGAGUCUGCAUCCCCAGAGGUUCACCAACAACCUAAAACCACAACUGUUCCUCAGGAAACAGCAGCUGCUCCCCAGGAAAAAACCGUCAAGGAGGACGUCCUCCAACAGCAAGAGGCUACAAAACGCAACUCUCAAGCUGGCUCUAGAAAGAGAAAACGUAGUGAUGAUCAGAGCCAGGACCCUGAACAGUGUUCACAAACUGAGAGAGCAGUUAAGAAAUCCAGGAUUGAAAUCAAGGAGGACAUCAUCCAAAAACAAGCGGCUACAAAAAGCAACUCUCAAGCUAGCUCUCGAAAGAGAAAACGUAGUGAUGAUCAGAGCCAGGACCAUGAAUACUGUUUACAAAGGGAGGCAGCUGCUAAAAAACCCAGAAUCGAGAGCAAAGAGGACGUCCCCCAACAACAAGAGGGUACCAAAAGCAACUCUCAAGAUGGCUCACGAAAGAGAAAACGUAGUUUGGAUCAGAGUCAGGGCCCCAAACAGUUUUUCCAAACUGAGAGAGCAGUUAAAAAAUUCAGGAUUAAAAUCAAGGAUGACGUCCUCCAACAACAAGAGGGUAUGAAAACAAUCUCUAAAACUGGCUCACGAAAGAGAAAACGUAGUGCGGAUGAGAGCCAGGACCACAAACAGAGGUCACAAAUGGAGUCACCAGAUAAAAGGAGGAAAACGUGGUAG